AUGCCGUUCAGUCUCGCCAUCAUCGGCGCGGGCCCCGCGGGCCUCACGCUUGCCCGCCUCCUACAAGUUGCAUCUGUCGACAUCUCCAUCACUAUCUUCGAAAGAGAUGCCAGUCCCACAUCGCGGUUCUUUCAGGGCGGCUCACUCGACUUACACACGGACACUGGUCUCGCGGCUCUGAAAAAGGCAGGGCUGUGGGAAGAAGCGCUCAAAUAUCUCCGUUACGAGGGGGAGGAACUAUUCAUCGCCGACAAGAACGAUACGAUCAUCAUCCACAUGAAGAGUCAGCCCAAUUCUAAGAGCAGAGAGUCGCAACUAGACUAUGAGAGACCCGAGAUAGAUCGGGAGGUUCUGAAAGAGAUGCUGCUAGAGAGUGUUGAGAGCGACUGGGUGGAAUGGGGAAAGACGCUACAAUCGAUUGAGCCUAACAGCGGUAUCCUGACAUUUCGCGACGGUUCGACGGCCGGCCCCUUUGACUUGGUCGUCGGCGCUGAUGGUGCGUGGUCCAAAGUUCGACACGUCUUGACCAACGUGAGGCCACACUAUGCGGGCAUCUGUGGCUUUGAAAGCCGCAUCGCGAAACCGAAAGAGGAACACCCAAAGCUUUCAAAGAUGGUUGGCAAGGGCAGUUACUUUUCAUACUCGGACGGAAAGUGUUUGACUGCGCAAAGAAUGGGCGAUGACUCGAUCAAGAUCGGGGCCUGGGUGAAGAAGGAAAACAACGAGAGCUGGGCUACAGACCUGCUGGUCACUUGUGGUGACAACGAGGAGAAAUUAAAGGACAGAAUCCUCGAAAAUUACGAGGACUGGACGCGCCAACAGAAAGAGCUGAUCCGCGUUAGCACUCGAUUCCGUGCUUCACCACUCUACGAGUUACCCGUUGGGCAUACCUGGGACCACAAGAAGGGGUAUACCCUCAUUGGAGACGCUGCCAGUCUGAUGACGCCGUUCGCAGGGGAGGGGGUGAACAAGGCGAUGAAAGAUUCACUCGAGCUGGCCGAGGCCCUUGAGCAAGCGCUGAAGGAGCAAGGCAACGUGGACGAAGCGGUACGAAAGUACGAAGAGAACAUGUUCCCUCGGGCAAAGAGAUACCAGAAAAAGACCAUGACAAAUAAACAAGGCAUGUUCAGCAGAGAAGGACCCGUGACGUUUCUGGUCGGCAUGAUCGACGGCGCAGCGGAGGAAAUGGGUAAGGAUCUCAGCAAGGGAUGGAUAGCCUGGGUUCCCUUAAAGACGAUGAUGUACGCCUAUGUGGUGUCGAUACAGACUUUGGGGACCUGGAGGAGGAGGGUGAGAGACUGGUUUUCGAGGGAUUGA